AUUCAUUAACCGUUUAUUUAGUUGAAACUGGUACAACAAAUCCUGUUCAAUCAAUUUUACCAUCAUACUUAAUACAUCCAACUUCGAUCAUAUUUUAUUCACUUUUUAAAACUUCAUCAAAAGCUCAAGCAAACGAAUGUGUUAAAAAAGUUUUAUCUGUUUCAAUUACAAGUGACCAGAUACAAAAAGUUAUUAGUAAAACGCUGGCUGAUGGCGGUGGUACCAAUGCACACUAUAUAACUCGACUUCAGAAAGCAAAAUUUGUAAAUAGUUAUUUUAAAUAUGUCAAAACAUUUAUUUAUACUGAGACAACAGAAAGUGUAACAGAUAUAUUGAGUAGUUUACAAAAGCAAUUUGAUGUCUAUUUUGAACAAGCUAUAAAUAGUUCUCAACAAAUUAAAUCAGAUAGUAGUUUAUAUCAACAAAUGCGGAAUUCAGCUGAUUUAAAUCCAGAUCUGUUGACUAAUGAAUUAACGAAAAUAUUUACAUACAAUGAUACAGCAACAAAAUUUUAUCAAUAUAAGGAUGAUUAUUUUAAUUAUGAUCAAGCAUCGUCAUCAUCAAGCAGUGGUUCUGGAGGAGCCGAAGGCAGCUUGUUUGGCAUUUUUAGUUUGGGUUUUGGAGGAGAAUGGACUGGACAAAAAUGGUUUCCUAAAUCAUUCAAUGUAUCUCGAAUAGCAGACAUAACAGAAAAACUUCAAAUAGCUCUAGUUGCAACACGUUUAACAGCUGACAGAGAUAAUGAUGCUAUCAUACGAACAGUCAAUGGUAUGAAUUAUAUUGUUAUCACAACAUCAACAUCAACAUCAACAAAAUCAUCAACAGCAAAAUCAUCAACGACAAAACCAUCAACAACAAAACAGCCAACGAGAAGAGGUAAUUAG